AUGAUUCUUGCUCUAAUCUUUUUGAUUGUGAAAUUUUUCGACGAUGUAAAUGCUGCGACGGUUGCAAUCCAAGAAUGCCACAAUGGAGGUGCGGAAGCUGAUCAACCCCCACAAGGUCAAAUACCAAGGCGUCCUGUUCCCAGUCCAUUUGCUUGUCGCGAUAACGAUCAAAAUGGCUUGUGUAAUGCUCUGUUCCCUAAUGAUAAUAUUGCCAACAAUCUUGAUCAGGCAAGAACCUAUAAGGUGAAUCAGAACUGCUUCGCUCCCACACAUUCUUCUAUUGCUAUCAGGUUUUGCGCAUCAACUUGUGCUUUAUGUUGCAAAACUCCUCAGUUCAGUGGGUGUCCUGAUAUUGUAAGCAAUUGCACACUAUUUGUGGAAAAUCCAGCUCUUUGUACCAGUCAACAUCUUUCCGCGUUUGCACUAGAAAAAUGUGCAAAAACUUGUGGCUUGUGCGAUAAACCUGGAACGACUACUGUCGCCUCGUCAAACUGCAGAGAUGAAAGAGUCGAUUGCGCUCGACAUCGACAGUUCUGCCAUGUGCACCCAUUUUCAUCGUAUUAUAAUAUUUAUUGUCGUAAAACGUGCAAUUUCUGCUGA